AGAUAAACCGAUAUUUUCUGCGGGUAUAUAAAUAGAGGCUGAUGGAUUUCCCGCAGUAUUAGGCAACCAUGCGAGAACAUAGUAAAAUUAAAUAUAUAGUGCUGUUAUUAAUUGCCACUUCGGUGAUGGGUAAAUUCAGGUUAAACCUACUGGAAAUUGUAGCGGAUAAGGCGGAAAAUAAUUUUAUUGUUUCGCCCCUUUGCAUUGAAAUUGGAUUGAGCAUGCUGUUCAUUGGAGCUAAAGGGAAAACUGCCGAGGAACUUAGGAGCGUUCUGGACCUGCCAGUGGAUAUGACGGAAGUGGCAAAGAAAUACGAAAAGGUUCUAGGUAAUCUCCAAAAACAUGAUGGGUUUCGUUUCGCAAAUCGCCUAUACGUGAACGAUGCGUAUGAAAUAAACCAGGACUACAACAACAUCAUGAAUAACACCAUGGGAAAGGCAAAGGCUGGCGGUCCAUCACCGCGAAGGAGGGCAAGCCAUAGCAUCAGCUUUGCGGUCCAACGCCAGAGUCACAAAGGCAUGCGCACUAUUUUCAAAGAGCAUGAGCUUCAGGCUAAUGAAAGUGCUGCGCUGGUUACCGCCGUCCAAUAUAUCGGCGCCUGGAAGACCAUGUUUGAGAAAAGGAACACCCAACUAAAGGUGUUCUAUGGAGAUCAUAAUAAGAAAGUUUAUGUCAGGAUGAUGUCCCAUGUGGGCAGGUUUAGGAUGGCUGAUCAGUCUUAUGGACAAAUCAUUGAGCUACCGUUCAGUGACUUAAGCCUGUCGAUGAUAAUCGGUCUGCCAAUGCAUAACACCUAUCUAAGCUCUAUUGAAAAACGACUGAGAACAUUCUCAGAAAGCCUAGAAAAAACUGAUGUUCAUGUGGAGCUGCCAAAGUUUAAAAUCGAAUUUCACGCGGAACUCGUUGAGCCCCUAAAAAAAUUGGGCAUACAUCUUCUCUUCAGUAAUAACUCGGAUCUCAGCGGCCUUUUGACCAACGCAACAAGUGCCCAAAUAAGCAAUGUAGUACACAAAUCCUUUAUUGAAAUCGACGAAGGAGGAGCAUCGACAGGCGAAGCCGCCGAACACACAGAGGCUUUCCCUAAAAAACCAAAAGCGUUGGCGUCCUUUAAAGUAAAUCGCCCUUUUGCCUUCUUGAUUCGCGAUAAGCAUACCGUCUACUUCCGCGGACGCGUCGUUCAACUGCCUAAUGAAAUUCGUUUUUAAGAUGAGCUUGUCACUUGAAACAAUAAAUAAAAUAAAAUUAAA